AUGAAGCAAACGAUAGUCAUUAAGGUGGACGUAAUAAAUUGUAACAACUGCAGGGCGAAGGCCAUGGAGACAGCCAACGACAUGGAUGGUAUAGAAUCCGUGAGAUUGGUUAACAGAGAAAAUAUAGUGGUGACUGGAGAUGGAGUUGAUGCAGCCAAAUUGUGCAGCAAAUUGAAAAAGAGGCUUGGCUUUGCAAGCUUAGAAAUUGUGAAGGAAUUCCAAGAGACAACUGAAGAUAAUUAUGGGACAAAUCCAACUCCAUAUACAUCAUAUUGUGAAAAGUGUAGAGAUCCUGACUCAUGCUGUUGCACCAUUCUUUAA